GGGCCGCGUUCCAUCAUUCAUCACUUCGGUACUUGACAGUAGUUGAAGAAGCAGAGUUCAUCCGUGGCUUUUACCAUUUGUGUUCUUUAGAGGAAAAGACUUUAAAAUACAUUUUUAUCAAUGUUAUUUCUUUUUGUUUUCUUUCUCGUGUGGAUCUAAUGGGAAGGCAAAGCGUGUAACAAUCUGUGCUUGUAUUCAAUAAGGAGGACGAGCCCAAACAUGACAGCGGUUUGACCUAACUUUCAGCUUUAUAUAAACUUUUUAAGACCGCGUGCCUCUUACAAACCGUAAUCCUACAACAAUGAUCAGUGGAUAAGCUGUGAUACAACUGCAAAGAAGUAGGUCAGUGCGUUUAUGAUCCGGGUGUUUAUUUGCUUUUUUUUAAAAAAAAAGUCGUCAUGCAGAAAGAACAUUUGUUCAAAGUUCUGGUCAUCGGAGACCUCGGAGUUGGAAAAACGUCAAUAAUCAAACGAUACGUCCAUCAGAUAUUUUCUCAACAUUAUCGUGCAACUAUUGGAGUGGAUUUUGCUCUUAAAGUCCUGCACUGGGACAGUCAAACAGUGGUCCGACUGCAGUUAUGGGACAUAGCAGGACAGGAACGCUAUGGGAACAUGACACGGGUUUACUAUCGGGAGGCCGUGGGAGCCCUCAUAGUAUUUGAUGUGACCAGAGCCUCCACGUUUGAUGCAGUGCUGAAAUGGAAAGACGACCUGGACUUAAAGGUCACUCUCAGUAAUGGCAAACCUGUCCCCGCUGUGCUUCUAGCCAACAAGUCUGACCAGUCACGUGAGGGUCUGCGUUCCCAGAUUCCAAAGCUUGAUACGUUCUGCAAAGAGAAUGGAUUUGUGGGCUGGUUUGAGACCUCGGCAAAGGACAACACAAACAUCGAGGCGGCAGCUAAAUGUCUGGUGGAGCACAUUUUAGCCUAUGAGGAGAACAUCACAAACAACACAGACCCAGAUGUGGUGGCCCUUCCCGGCUACAACAACAACACCAAAGAACGGGUCCGAACCAGAUGCGUGACGUGUUCCAAAUUUUAAAAUACAGGACGAUGAAAGCCAGAGAGAUGAAAUGAAAACAUGUAGCGGUUUGUAAUAGAUUUAAGGGGACUCAGCCAUUUAAUGGCAAACCCAAAACAAUGAGAUUGAUCUUCAAGAAAUGCAGCAAAAUGGUGGGAACUGUAAAGAAGGAUUGUGCUGAUUAUGUAGCGUGAAAUCUCACAUUGUUAGAUGCACCGUGUUGAUGGCGAUUUGGAAGUGAUAUGUUUACAGGUGAAUGCUCUGCGAUUUUAGCCAGGUACAAAGUCUUUUGUAACACAAGUCAGUCAAAUAUGCAUUUCUUGCUAUUUUGUGUGCAAGCUCUUUUAAAGCUUGUGAUAUUUAUUAAAAGUGGCCUUUGAUUUAGAUUCAUGUGCAGAAUGCCUUAAUACUUGCACAGCUACAGUAUGUAGGAAUGUUCUGCAACCUCUUGCAUUACAAAAAUAAAGCACGCAGUGUUUUUCCUCCAUGUAAGCUCUUGAAUGUGUUAUUGUAGUCCUGCGCAAUUCAGGGUUGUGCAAUGAA